AUGAGUUCUACAAGCCGUGCUUGGACUUGGACCGUUGCAGCAAGUGUUGGAGUGGUGGAGGCCUUGAAAGACCAGGGCAUAUGCAGGUGGAACAGUGUGUUGAGAUCAGCCCAGCAACGUGCUAAACAUAAUAUGAGGUCUUUGUCUCACACCAAGAAGCUUUCUUCUCAAUCAUCUGCCAUGUCUUCUGCAAAAUUCAAAGAUGAGAAAGCUAAGCAGUCAGAGGAGUCUCUGAGAACCGUCAUUCGUGCUUGGACUUGGACCGUUGCAGCAAGUGUUGGAGUUGUGGAGGCCUUGAAGGACCAGGGUAUAUGCAGGUGGAACAGUGUGUUGAGAUCAGCACAGCAACAUGCUAAACAUAAUAUGGGGUCUUUGUCUCACACCAAGAAGCUUUCUUCUCAAUCAUCUGCCAUGGCUUCUGCAAAAUUCAAAGAUGAGAAAACUAAGCAGUCAGAGGAGUCUUUGAGAACAGUCAUGUACCUGAGUUGCUGGGGUCCCAACUAA